AUGCCAUUGACACAAACCGAGGCGACGACAAUUCCAUCUACUGGUAACGAGCCGGUAGCGAACAAGUCUUGUGUAUCCUCAAGUCAGUCAUCGAUAAAAUCUCGACAACGUCGAAUACUCGUGGUCGGUGAUGGAAAUUUUUCCUACUCAUUGUCAUUGAUCAAACAGCACCACAGUCGGGUGACUGACGACCAACCAAUUCACUUGACUGCCACGUCUUACGACAGCUACGAAGAGUUGAUUGCAAAGUAUCCAGAAAGCAAACGCAUUUGUGCUCAAUUGAGAGAGUUAGAUGUUACGGUGCUGCAUCGCGUGGAUGCGACGAACCUUCGCGAGUCCCUCGUGGCAGCUGGCGCAAAGCAGAAGCUUCGAUUCCACUCGGUGAUAUUUAACCAUCCGCACUGCGGAGAAGAGAAUAUCCGAAGACAUCAGAGUUUGUUAUCGCACUUUUAUGCGUCGGCGUUAAAUGUGUUGGAGGAAAAGGACGAGGACGAUGCUAGUGGUAUUCUAUUGACACUUGCCGAAGGGCAGUCGGAACGAUGGCAAGCGGUGCCACGUGCUCUGAGUGGCGGACUGAAGCUGUACCGGAAAGUGGACGAUGUGGACAAUGACGAGACGUUUGGGGUUGUGUAUGAGCGCAAACGACACCAGAACGGCAAGUCUUUCCAUCAUGUUACGCUGCAUGGUGAGAAGAAAACGCAGAGCAGCACACUGUUUAUAUUCCGACGACAGACGAGUCCGGUGGAGGCUGCCCCUGUUGAUACUGCAAAAACGACAGAUGCGCCGGUAGUCGGCGGUGAUGAGGUGAUGACUGUGUCUCGAAAGCGGAAGGCUGAGAGAGAGCAGAGUUUCGAGUUUGCAUGUACGCAAUGCGACCGGAGUUUCAAGUCGACUCAGGGUCUGAGAACGCACGUUCACAUGGUGCACGAACUCGAAGCUGGUGGUGUACAGCAGGAAAAGGUUCGACUUCAUUGCAAGUUUUGCAGUCGCACGUUUAACACAGAGGACGCCAGGAGACAGCAUGUGUUGGCCAAACAUGGCAAAGACCCGCUCAUUAAACCGGACUGGUUCAGAAUACAGCAGCAUGAAGCCACCAUUGCGGCAAGUGAGUCGAUGACAGUUUUGUCUUCUGGUACGAAUGGAGUCACGAGUCCAACGACAUCAGUGGCAGUAAUUGCGAAGCCGAAGGCGUGUGCGAUUUGUGCGUUCUCCUUCGCCACGGUCGAAGACUUUGAUGCUCACUGGCAGAAACUCCAGCCACGUGCAGCCGUUAAGCGCCAAUGCUCCAACUGCGGUCGUGAGUUCGACGAGGAGCGUGCUCUACGCCAACAUCAAAACUUCUGUAGCCAUAGAAACGCUGCAAAGUGA